GGCAGUGGUGUUUAUAUUGGUCCAAACGGUCGCCAUACAAAAAAGAUCUAUUAAUCAAUCAGCCGGGUAUUAGCUCCUCAUCGGAGCUUGCCUCAAAAUUAAAUUGAAAUUUUGAAUAGCUCAGUUAACAUUAUCAAAUAGGUUAAUAACUUUCAACCAGAAUUAGAUCGAAAAAAGGGUUUUCACUGAUUUACAGACGUUUUUCUACAAAAAUCCUUAAAUUGAUUAGCAGCACAUUUAACUGCAGAGGCGGAUCCGUAAAUUCGAAAAAAGGGAGCCCAAAGAGACUUUCACAGAUGGAGUGCCUAGACCACUUUAGUCCCAAUCAUGUGGGGCUGAAAUACCAGGAGGUCGUCACCACUCCACGAUUGAUAAUCAGUGUCGUCUUCACCUGGGCAGUUCCACUGUUGUGCUUAUCUGUUGCUUUUUUAUUCGAAAGGAGUGAAGUUUCUCUUGUAUAUAUAGCUUCGUAUUUGACAUUUGCUCCGCCGUUGUGUUCCCUCGGAACAGUUUUAUUCUACGAACGUAUACACCGUGUUUUCAAGAAAGCGGAAAAAGACUGGAUGAAGAAUGGCAACACAAAACACGUUGGCAAGGAUCAUAGCUUUAAGAUGCACCGCUUUGUGUCAGUAAUACUGCUUUUUACUUGUUUCACACAGAGUAUUAUUGCAGGAAGUUAUCUAGUUGUUGUAUAUUCACCAACCUUCUUUUGCAGAUUUAAUGUUUUGAAAGUCUCGUUAAUACUGUUUGGAAUAGCCAAUAUGCUUUUAAUUAUUAGCUGUAUUGUUAAUCCUUUCAUGUAUUGGGCAAGACAUAGAGAUUUUCGAAAAGGUCUUGCAGUUUUGUUUUGCAUAGAUAAUCAUGUACCAGAUACAGGAAGUAUUACAACCGGAACAAAUUCGAAAAAAAAAUCUAAAUUAUUAGUUAAUUAAUACAAACGGUAUUUUUCAUUCCGGCAGCGACUUGAUUUGAAAGACUUUUAUACAGUGGCCUCCUUUCCUUUAAGGAUAAUGAAAAACUAAUGAAUGGAUCGUCAUAAAAUGUACGGUAGUGGAAUAUAAAAUUAUUGGUAAAAGUAAGAGGCGACUAAAUUUAGUGGAUAAAAAGCCCCAAAAGCCAAAUUCACGAAAAAAAUUUUUCCCCUAUAUUAUUCGUUUUCAGGAACAGGGCCCUCAUGGAGUGACCGCUCUAGACCCAUUAUUUGUCGUUUACACCCUAAAGUCGUUCAAGUCUUAAAUUUAAAAUAGUGCCUACUCCAUAUGACCUAUAAUUAGGUUCUUGAUUAUAAAGACACUUGUGGAAUACUUCAGAACGUUUUAAAAUCUGUAAAGAUAUUAAAUCUUCAUCGUCGGAUUCAUUGCCGCCCCGCCGUCGUCGUCGUUGUCGUCCUCAAUUUCUUCGCCGCCUUAUAGGAUGUA